AUGAGCCGUACCACAUUCCUAGGCACCGGUGCUGGUCGCGGCAUUGGCUCAGGACUUGUCGCUAGCCUCUUGCUGAGACCAUCCUCAACAAACCUGCCAAAGGGCGGAGGUUCCAAAAUCAUCAUCGUCAAGAUCGACUCUUCCGUCGAAACCGUCCCCGCGGAAGCCGUUUCGAUACUACAGCGGGAUCAUAGCAUCACCGCUUUAGACGUCGUUAUCGCGAAUGCCGGUAUUGCCCAUUCGAGUGGCCCUGUCAUCAAAACUUCGACUGUUGCAAUCAGAGAUCGCCUUGCUGUCCACACGAUCGGACCUCUCUUGUUGUUCCAGGCAACAGCUCCGCUACUCAGAGCUAGUAAGACUGGUCGUCCGGUCUUCGUAGCCGUUACCUCCAUUGGUACGAUCUCCGGCAUGGAGUCCCUGGAGACUUUACCGCCGGCAUUGAGCCCUUACGGAGCCAGCAAAGCUGCGAUGAAUCGGUUCAUUCGGAGAUUGCAUUUCGAGGAGAUGUGGCUCACGAGCUUCCUCUUGCAUCCCGGCACCGUCGCCACAGACAUGGUGAAAUCCGUAAUCGACGGUACAGAUUUGAAGCUUGGAGAUCUCGGAGCCAUAACUGUGGGGCAAAGUAUUUCAGAUCUUGUGCAAAGGGUUGAUACCGCGUCGAGGGAUGUGAGCGGAACUGUUCAGAAUCAUGAUGGAACUCAUUUGCUGUGGUAA